GGGAAAUGCUGAUCCCCUGUAAUGUAGCCACUGCGUGUUGGAGCAGAAGUUAAUCACCAACAAAACAUGUACUGAUUUAUAGCGCUUCCAAUCGACCGAUAAGGUCCAUGAAUCGAUAGGAAGUGGAUUGGACAGAUUGUGAGGAUGGCAGAAAGUUUUUUAAUGGAGGUGUGUGUGGACUCCGUGGAGUCUGCUGUCAGUGCUGAACGAGGAGGUGCAAGUCGACUUGAACUGUGUUCUAGUCUUCUGGAGGGAGGACUCACUCCCAGUCAAGGAUUGCUGCAAGUAGUGAAGCAGUAUGUAAAGAUUCCAGUCUAUGUGAUGAUACGGCCCCGUGGGGGGGACUUCCUCUACUCAGACCAGGAAGUGGAAGUGAUGAGGAAGGACAUAGACAUGAUGAAGAGCCACGGGGCUGACGGACUUGUGCUGGGAGCCCUGACAGAGGAUGGACGUGUGGAUGCGGAGCUCUGUAUGGAGUUACUGGCUGCUGCUCGACCUUUGCCUGUGACCUUCCACCGAGCUUUUGACAUGGUCCAUGACCCAGUGGUUGCUCUGGAGACGCUGGCAUCAUUAGGGUUCCAGCGUCUGUUGACAAGUGGCUGUGACAGCUCUGCUUUGGAGGGACUCCCACUCAUUAAACGGCUCAUUGAGCAAGCUAAAGGGAGAAUUGCCAUCAUGCCAGGAGGGGGUAUCAAUGAGAGAAACCUGCAGAGAAUCUUAGAGGGCUCGGGGGCUCAAGAGUUUCACUGCUCAGCCCGCUCCAGUAGAGAUUCUGCCAUGAAGUUCAGGAACACCUGUGUGUCGAUGGGAGCUGCUUUCUCAGCACCUGAGUACGGCCUGAAGGUGGCAGAUGUGAGCAAAGUCCGCACUCUUAAUGCAAUAGCUAAAAAUACCUUGUGAAUGGGUACUGGACAAUAGUAACAGGCAACAAAACAGAUACCUCAAAACUGAUCAUGAGUAAUUAUACUGAUAUGUCAGCAUUUAUUUCCACUUAAAUCCAGAAAAAGGAGACAUUUGAAAACUGCCACAAGUGCUCCUUUUCCCCCUUUUUAACUGAUAAAACUGUCCUUGUAAAGUUAGAGCUCAGGGAAAACUCUUCUGGGACACACUGUCAAAGUAUCUCACAGGAGAGAGCAAUGAAAAUUUCACAUGUAUUACUAUACUUCUGUAUGUGGCCUCAAGAAUAGUGUAACAAAAUACACAAUAGAUUGGUAAAUUUAAAAUUCUUGUGUUCUUUAAAUCAAGAAAAAGCACCGAUAAGUGCUUUCAGAAUAGUAUGUUUUCGAGUUGCCAUACAGUAGACUUAUAUUUAUUUGAAGCACUUGCCAUUCAUAGUGGAAGAUAGCAUAAGGUUUUGAACUCCUGUUCUUUUUUUUUUCUCAAGAGCAUAAACAUUGUGACUUGGUUCAGUUUGCCCAGCAUUGAAUUAAAUUCCCACAUUGUAUUAAAAAAAAGAAGAAAAAAAAGAGCCAUGUCUUUUUUUUAAU